AUGUCGGUCCCAUCAUUGCAAGAAUUCAACCUUCGCCGCCAUCUCUUUUCUCCUCUGACCUUCACCGACGAUCCCACCUUCUUCCCGCCGCCACUCACUGCAUUUCGCUAUUCCAUGUUCCAUGGUCGAUCGGGACCUCGCGUUUACCAUGCGGAGACGGAAGCACUCGGGUUCAUUUUGGGCAAGCUGCGUGACUCACUCGAGACACUCGCCUUGCCGAACGAAACGGCACCCUACCACGUCCUGGCAGCAGCAGAGUGGCCUCGACUACGCUCUCUGGAACUAUAUGGCGAUGCACCCGUCGCGGCGGCCCAUGACCCCCCGGUAAUCUCGGUCUUGCAGCAAAUGCCGCAACUUCGUUCCUUUUGUCUGAAGCUUGCUUGCGAUGAAGGCCAAGUGCGAAGGGUGCUGGUUUGGCCGCCCGACGCGGAUGUCCCGUCCAUUCCCAUCCUGCCAAGCUUGGAAGUGCUUACCGUCACCUAUCCCAGCCCCCAGGAUCAGCUCUAUUCCCGUGUGUCGUCCUCUAUUCGAAGCCUUUCUUUAGACGGCUUCACUCCCUAUAUCAGCGAUCUAUGGCCCCAACGUUAUGACCAAAGAUACUUGCCUCCGUCGCGGCGUACUCCAGUCUUGCCCGCGUCCGAGAUGUUGGCAGUCCUAGGUCACUGCAGGUCCACCCGCCUUCACACUCUCAAGAUCGAAUAUUACGUGGACUUCGCGGAGGAUGAGCUGAUAUCGACCAUCGCCGCAAUGUUCCCAGAUAUCGAGUUCUUGCGCUUGUGCCGGUACAGAGCUCACGUCCGCGACCAGCCGGGGGAGCCAGAGGCUGAAUGUGCAGACGUCCAUUCGGAUGCUGUACACGCUCCGAACCUUCUCAUGGGCCGACGAGGAUGGGAAUACUUUGAGCAAAAACAUGUAAACCAGUAUGAGGGAAAACUUCGGGCUUUAGCGGCGCGGAUGGUGGAGACGCUGGCGCCUACUGUGCAAACGAUCGCAAUGCUCGUACCAUCUGAGUAUUCGGCGUCACAACCAUGUUGGACCAACUUUCGCAUUCUCCGAGACGAGGUCAAGAACACGGAAGACGGCGGUCCAGGUGGCCCGGAUUUCCCCAACUUCAGUGUGGUCAAAGACGGUUACGAGCGGGAUUACUCGUGGCCUGAGGAGUCCAUCUAA